CACCGUUCGGUCGCAAUGGAGACGGCUCUGUCCCGUGAGUGCAUUUCACGAAAGAGGAAGUCUCCUUCCUUCCUUUGGGGAGUAUUCGUGAAAGUUUUGGACGCUUGUUUUAAGUAUCAGUUACGUUCUUCCUUUGAGUGUUUGUCAAUAUCUCGGUAUAAAAAGAGGCAUACGUCUCAUUCGCACGGUUGCGGUUGAAAAUACUGACCUCUUUCUGAGCAUCGGAGAUGCAGAUAAUUUGGUCAUCACGGAGUUCUUGUGGUUUAAUUUUAAUCCUGUAAGUAAUGUCACUUGAAGAAUCGAUUUGAGAAUCAAAACGAGCAUGCUAUGCACGAGUCAUCGCAACUGCUUCUCAACGAUAUUACUGGGCGUUUUGAUUUUUUCAUUUUUCAGGUUUCCAUUAACAUCUUUAAGUGUCAGUCCUGAUGCACGUGCGUUGUCUACCAGUGCGCAUUCUAAACCUUGUCCUAAAGGCAUGCACAAACAUAGGAAGUUCGGGAGACAUCGAUGUUUCCCAAUUCCAAAUAAACAACCGAACGUCACGAAUUACAUGUUUGUUCAAAUCUAUUCAAGAGCUUCGGGAAAAUACAUUCAAGUUAAGAGGAACGGAGUUGACGCUGGCGGCGUGAAUGGCUCACAAUAUGCGUUACUGAAGCUGGAGACGGGCGACUUGGCGAGUCUUGUUACCAUCCAAGGGGUGAAAACAAACCGUUACCUCUGCCUAAAUAGGAUAGGACACAUCGUUACAAGGAAGAAAAAGCAAGAAUUUUCAACGAUGAAGAGGUGCGAGUUUUACCAAGAAGAUGUUAAGGGCUAUGACCAAUACAGAUCAGCCAAGUAUCCACAAUGGAUCUUGGGUUUCUCCAGACGGGGUCGUAUUUUGAGCGGAAUCAAGAGUGCCAAUUGCAAAAGUAAAUGCAGUUAUUUCUUGCGAUACCAGCAGCCAAACGCUCAGACAAGAAAACAUCGCAGGAACCUGAGGCAGAUGCUUGGAAAGCUUAUGAGACGUUAAAAUCCCUAACUGAUAACAUUAACUUAUUGAAAAUUGUCACUAGGGCCAACAUAUAGAGUUUUUUUUGCCAAGAGCUUAAGGGACUUGUAUAAAGGGAGGCGUUCGGGUCUUAAAACAUGCCAAACCACUCAAAUUAUUUA